GAGCGUGGACCGGGGGUGGAAAAAGCGAGACAUGUUCACCCAACGGUCCCGUGCCCUGGCCGCGCCUGCCCACGCUGCCGAGGAGCACUACGGCCAAGUCCAGGCUCCCGAGCCGGUCUUGGGAGCUGAUGACAAUAAUGUGAGUGGUGACUGCUCUCAGAAGCUGGUGGCUGCGAACAUUCUCCGUUUCCUACUGCUGGUCCUGAUUCCGUGUAUCUGUGCGCUCAUCGUCCUGUUGGUUGUCCUGCUUUCCUUUGUGGGAUCAUUAAAAAAGACCUAUUUUAUGUCAAAUGGGAGUGAACCUUUAGUCACUGAUGGUAAAGUCCCAGUGUCUGAUGUCUUUCUUACAAAUGUGAUUUCUAACCAGAGCACUGUGACUGCAACUGCUCAUCCCAGUCAACACAUUCCAACCUGGACCUCCGGGGGUUCUCCAGGGGAUCAAAAUCACAGCAAUAUAGGUGUCUGUGUGAACAUCACGAACAGCCAGUGCCAGAUACUGCCCUACCAUUCCACGCUCACACCUUUCUACUCAAUUGUCAAGAACAUGGAAAUGGACAAGUUCCUCAAGUUCUUCAUGUACCUCCAUCGCCUCGGUUGCUAUCAACAUAUCCUGCUUUUUGGCUGUAGCCUUGCCUUCCCUGAGUGCAUUGGUGAUGACAGUUCUGGACUCCUGCCCUGCAGAUCCUUCUGUGAGGCGGCCAAGGAGGGCUGUGAAUCAGUGCUGGGGGUUGUGAACACCUCCUGGCCCCACUUCCUCAAAUGUUCCCAGUUUCAAAACCAAAGUGAAAACAUCAAUGGCAGCAGAAUUUGCUUCUCACCACAGCCAGAUAAAGGACAGCAAAUGCUGUGCGGAGGCGGUGACCACUUUCUGUGUUCCAGCGGAAUCUGCGUGCCCAGGAAGCUGCAAUGUAACGGUUACAACGACUGUGAUGACUGGAGUGAUGAGGCGCAUUGCAAUUGCAGUAAGAAUCUGUUUCACUGCCACACAGGCAAGUGCCUUAAUUACAGCCUUGUAUGUGAUGGCUAUGAUGACUGUGGGGAUCUGAGCGAUGAACAGAACUGCGAUUGUCAUCCCACCCAGGAGCAUCGUUGUGGGGACGGGCGCUGCAUUGCGAUAGAGUGGGUUUGUGAUGGUGAUCAUGACUGCGUAGAUAAAUCCGAUGAGGUCAAUUGCUCCUGUCUCAGCCAGGGCCUGGUGGAAUGCAGAAAUGGACAGUGUAUCCCCAGCACGUUUUGGUGUGAUGGAGACGAGGACUGUAAGGAUGGAAGUGACGAGGAGAACUGCAGCGACAGUCAGGCUCCAUGUCAAGAAGGAGACCAAAGAUGCCUCUACAAUUCCUGCCUUGAUUCAUGUGGUGGUAGCUCUCCCUGUGACCCCAGCAACAGUCUGAAUAACUGUAGCCAGUGUGAGCCGAUUACAUUGGAGCUCUGCAUGAAUUUGCCUUACAACUAUACAAAUUACCCAAAUUACCUUGGUCACAGGACUCAAAAUGAAGCUUCCAUCAGUUGGGAAUCCUCUCUGUUCCCUGCACUUGUUCAAACCAACUGUUACAAAUACCUCAUGUUCUUUGCUUGCACCAUUUUGGUACCAAAGUGUGACAUGAAUACAAGCCAGCGUAUCCCUCCUUGCAGAGUGCUGUGUGAACACUCCAAAGAACGUUGCGAGUCUGUUCUUGGGAUUGUGGGCCUACAGUGGCCUGAAGACACAGAUUGCAAUCAGUUUCCAGAAGAAAAUUCAGACAAUCAAACUUGUCUUAUGCCUGAUGAAGAUGUAGAAGAAUGCUCACCUAGUCAUUUCAAGUGCAGAUCAGGACGGUGCGUCCUGGCUUCCAGAAGAUGUGACGGCCAGGCUGACUGUGAUGAUGACAGUGAUGAAGAAAACUGUGGAUGUAAAGAGAGAGAUCUUUGGGAAUGUCCAUCCAAUAAACAGUGUUUGAAGCACACAGUCAUCUGUGAUGGGUUCCCAGACUGCCCUGAUAAUAUGGAUGAAAAAAACUGUUCAUUUUGCCAGGAUGAUGAACUAGAAUGCGCCAACCAUGAGUGUGUAUCAUAUGACCAGUGGUGUGAUGGCGAAGCGGACUGCAUGGAUAGCUCAGACGAAUGGGACUGCGUGACCCUCUCUAAAAAUGUCAACUCCUCGUCAUUGCUGACUGCUCACAGAUCUGCCCUGGAAUACCACGUGUGUGCGGAUGGCUGGCAGGAGACACUGAGUCAACUGGCCUGCAAGCAGAUGGGUUUAGGGGAACCAUCUGUGACAGAAUUGAUAGAGGAACAGGAGCAAGACCCGCCGUGGCUGACAUUACAGUCCAACUGGGAGAAUCUCAGUGGCACCACAUUACACGAGCUGUUGGUAAAAGGGCAGUCCUGUCAAAGCAGAAGAAAGAUUUCUCUUCUGUGCACAAAAAAAGACUGUGGGCGCCGCCCUGCUGCCCGGAUGAACAAGAGGAUUCUUGGGGGUCGGACGAGUCGCCCCGGAAGGUGGCCAUGGCAGUGUUCUCUGCAGAGUGAACCCAGUGGACACAUUUGUGGCUGUGUCCUCAUUGCCAAGAAGUGGGUUCUGACAGUUGCUCACUGCUUUGAGGGGAGAGAGAAUGCUGCCCUCUGGAGAGUAGUAUUUGGCAUCAACAAUCUUGACCACCCAUCGACGUUCAUGCAGACCCGCCUGGUGAAGACCAUCAUCCUGCACCCUCGCUACAGUCGCGUGGUGGUGGACUAUGACAUCAGCAUAGUUGAGCUCAGUGAAGACAUCAAUGAAACGAGCUAUGUCAGGCCUGUCUGCUUACCCAGCAUGGAGAAGUUGUUGGAGCCUGAUACGUACUGCUAUAUCACAGGCUGGGGGCACAUGGGCAACAAAAUGCCGUUUAAGCUACAAGAGGGAGAAGUCCGCAUUAUUUCCUUGGAGCAGUGUCAGUCGUACUUUGACAUGAAGACCAUCACCACCCGGAUGAUAUGUGCCGGCUACGAGUCUGGCACGGUCGACUCCUGCAUGGGGGACAGCGGUGGACCACUUGUUUGUGAGCAGCCUCGGGGACAGUGGACCUUAUUUGGUUUAACUUCGUGGGGCUCCAUCUGCUUUUCCAAAGUCCUGGGGCCUGGAGUUUAUAGCAAUGUGUCAUACUUCCUCGAAUGGAUCCAAAGACAAAUAUACAUCCAUACCUUUUUCCUAAAUUAAUUCUAAAGCUGGCCAGAGACAUUUGCCAGUUAUACUCAAAGCAAAUGGCCUUCUCGACUGUGGAGAGCUUCCUGCCGAGUUAUAAAGAAGCUCUUUUCAUGGAACAGAGAUGCUCACCCGCGCGCUGCAAAUGUUCAUGUUUGUUUUGGUCUAAUUUUAUUCAACUCUGUCCCUCAACUUUAUAUUCCUCUUAUUUUCUGUUCAAUGAAAAUGAAAAAAAAAAUCAAAACAGUGCUUGUUCUUUUGCCAGAUCUAAUCUUGGCUGUAGAAUAAAAUGAUCAACUCUGGAGAGAGUUUGACAACGGCAGGCACUCAGGUAACAAGUUAUAGAAAAUUCUCUUUUAUCUGAUCAGAAAAAGGACACCGAGAUUCAGGCUCACUCAUCUUUGCCAGCUUAUCUUUUUCAAGCAAAAUAACGUGGUGACACAUUUCAAUAUCAUUGCAGAUUUGCUUUGAUUUUUUUUUUUAAAUACAAGCUAAUUUACAUGUUCAAAUGAUUUACUAGCACUCUUCUAAAGUUUGCAUAAGCUGAAUAACUUCUGAGAGGAGAUCAGAGGUAAAAAGCCAAGCUGCUUCUAUUUAGGGAGCUAAAUAGUAAGACAUAUAAAUGCAAAACACUUUAGACAUCAACAAUUAGCAGAUGAUGUUAUAGGACUAUCCAUGCUGAAUUUAAAUCAGGGUCAUAAUUUUAUAGAAAAUUCUUCAUAGAAAUUUUUUUAUAAUUAGGGUUUGUUCAUUGAUUAUCAACUAGAAGACUGGAGACAUCCAUAACAAAGAAAUUUCUGUGGGAUACAUUUUGUUCUGCCUGUAAGAUUAUUAGAGUUGAGAUUAAAUUUUACAAAGAAAAUUUGUAGUAGACUCAAGAGAGGAAAUAAAAAAAAUAAUUGUACUAUGGCCUCAAUGAAAUAUUUUUUAUUUUUCCUAUUUGUCAUAUCAAUAAAGUCAUAGACAUGUAUCUUAAAGCAUCUUAAGAUUUUGCAUGAAGUACAACAUUUUGCAAUUCUUUUCCUUGAAAAAUGUUACAAUAUCUUUGAAGCAAUGGUAAUUACCAGUUCUUUCCUUGAAAAAUAUGCUUAAAAAAUGCUUUUAAGUGGGGCUGGAACUAUAGUUCUUCGGGUAGAGUGUUUGCCUUGUACCUGGCCAACUCAGGUUCGAUCCCCGGCAUGCCAUAUGGUCCCUUGAACACGUCCAGGAGUAAUUCCUGAGUGCAGAAUAAUGAUUUACCCCUGAGCAUUGCUAUGUGUGACUUCAAGAGCUAAUAAAUAAUUUUUUUAAAAAGUACUUUUAAGCUCCUGGACAUUUUUCACACAACAGUUUCUGAAGUAAUUCGUGGUAAAACUCUUUUUACCCACUAAGUCUUCAAUACAUGAAUUAGUGAUGAAACUCUUUUUACCCACUAACUCUUCACAUGUACUAAUUUAAUUAGCCAGGUAUUUAUUUUUGUAAAUGCCUUUGAACAAGUAGGUUGCCUACUAGCCACCAGCAUCUUGGACUGCCUCAGCUCCUCAGAGAUUACCUGCAAUUUCAUACAUGUAUUUUUGUACUCUUUUCUAUAUAUAUUCAUAUUUGAAAAGCAAAACGUUGUCACGACACUUUGCAUGUUAUUUAUCUCCUGUUCUGUAGAUUUUAUGAACUGUUGAGAAUGUGAAAUCCAGCAAUUAAAUUGUGAUUACAACUGUAUGAAAUUUUAAGAACAAAUGUCAGUUUCAUUAGAGUUGUAGAUGUAUACUUAAGGUAACAACUUUUAGCUUGGCUCGAUUUCAGUGAUAUGUACUUGGCUCGAUGUUCGGUGAUAUGUACAUAUUGAUCUUAUUUUCAGUAGCUCUGAUCACAAAUAAAAUUAUGUCACUUUUUGUUUUGUUUGAAUGACUCUGGAGCAUGUUCCAGGAAAACAAGUUCCAGAAAAAUUAGUUCCCCCUACAAAUGUUGGCAAACAUAAAUCAAAAUUUUUCUGAUAUCUCUUGCUUAUGAUCUUUUAAUUCUGAUGAUAUAUGACUCUUUGAUAUUCUGAAAAGUUGCUAAUACCUUCAAAUGAUCUGGUGAGUGUCUAAGAAAAAUGUUACACCUUUAAAAGUACAGAGAUGUGUACCUGAGUAAAUUUUGGGAAUCUGAUCCAAUUCUUUUAUCUUUUAGGAAAAAAUGCAUUUUAAAGGAAUAAUUAUAUAAUCAAAGGGGCUGGAGCAGAUAGCACAGCAGGUAGGGUAUUUGCCUUGCAUGUGGCCGAGCUGGGUUUGAUUCCUCUGCCUCUCUCAGAGAGCCUGGCAAGCUACCGUGAGUAUCCUGCCCUCACGGCUGAGCCUGGCAAGCUACCCGUGGCAUAUUCGGUAUGCCAAAAACAGUAACAACAAGUCUCACAAUGGAGACGUUACUGUUGCCCGCUGGAGCAAAUCGAUGAGCAACGGGAUGACAGUGAUGCAGUGAUACAGUGAAUUAUGUAAUACAUGAUCCCCAGAUUUGAUAAAUGUGGGCUUUUUUUGGAGAGAGGACAGGGAGGGAUCAGGUGGGCCACACCUGGAAGUGCUUAGAGGCUAUUUCUUUCUGUGCUGAGGAGUGACUCCUAGUAGAACCAUGUGCAGUGUUGGGGACUGAACCAGGGUUGGCCACAUGCAAGGCAUGCAAUGCCUUAACCCCUGUACUGUCUCUCCAACCUCGUAUGUGUUGAACUCCCAAAAUCAAGAGAUCAUCUUGGAUAAUGUUCUGUAGAAGACGGAUUCAUUUAUAAAUCAAAUACUUAAAGGAUUAACCCUGGUUCUAAAUCUCUUUCACUUGAGGUAUAGAUGUGUUUAAGAAUCUGGAAUUUUUCUUUACUUUUCUUUUCCUUUUUUCUUUUUUUUUGGGGGGGGGAGGAGCACACCUGACAAUGUUUAGGGGUUACUCCUGGCCCUCCACUCAGGAAUUACUUCUGAUGGGGCUUAGCAGACCAUAUGAGAAGCCAAGGAUAAAAUCUGGGCUGGCUAUGUGCAAGGCAAAUGUCCUACCCACUGUAUUAUCUUUCUGGACUUGAGAAUCUGGAAUUUUUCAAAAAUGAAAAAUAAGAUAUAUCUUAUGCAGUAAUAAAAAUAUAUCAAUAUACUUUUAGCAAAGUUUAUGAAAGUUAUAUAAGAUUAUGUAAUAGCUUCCCAUUUAUUCAAGGCAUAAAAUGUAUACCUAAUUUAUGAAGCAUUUCAGUUUUUAGAGACACUGGGACUUGGGGUUUAAGUAAGAUAUUGUGGUCCUCACAGACUUUCCUUUACUUAUAUAAACUGAUCUUUUCACCUCUUGAAGAUUAGCCAAUUCUUAUCCUCUUUGCCUCAUUAAAAAAUCCACCAAUUCCAGUCUAUAAGUUAUACCCCAACAUUUGUAUUUAAUAGUAGACGCAAAUCUGAGGGAAUGAUGCUAGUUGCUAGGUGUGUUAUAGAUGACAGGAUAUAACUUUUUUUUCCAUAUCAGAAAGACCCAAACAAUCCUCUGGUUAAACAUGUACUUUGGGAUUUUAUGUUUAAGUUAUUGAGUUGGAUUCAGUGAGUAGCUUCAUGAAUGAUGACAAUUGUCCACAUUAUGUUAUU